UAUAGGGGUUAGACUAGAGUCAAGGAGGGAAGGGUUGUGUUUUAUAGGGGUUAGACUACAGUCAAGGAGGGAAGGGUUGUGUUUUAUAGGGGUUAGACUACAGUCGAGGAGGGAAGGGUUGUGUUUUAUAGGGGUUAGACUACAGUCAAGGAGGGAAGGGUUGUGUUUUAUAGGGGUUAGACUACAGCUGAGGAGGGAAGGGUUGUGUUUUAUAGGGGUUAGACUAGAGUCAAGGAGGGAAGGGUUGUGUUUUAUAGGGGUUAGACUACAGCUGAGGAGGGAAGGGUUGUGUUUUAUAGAGGUUAGACUAGAGUCGAGGAGGGAAGGGUUGUGUUUUAUAGGGGUUAGACUACAGUCAAGGAGGGAAGGGUUGUGUUUUAUAGGGGUUAGACUACAGUCAAGGAGGGAAGGGUUGUGUUUUAUAGGGGUUAGACUACAGUCACGGAGGGAAGGGUUGUGUUUUAUAGGGGUUAGACUACAGUCACGGAGGGAAGGGUUGUGUUUUAUAGGGGUUAGACUACAGCUGAGGAGGGAAGGGUUGUGUUUUAUAGGGGUUAGACUACAGUCAAGGAGGGAAGGGUUGUGUUUUAUAGGGGUUAGACUACAGUCACGGAGGGAAGGGUUGUGUUUUAUAGGGGUUAGACUACAGUCAAGGAGGGAAGGGUUGUGUUUUAUAGGGGUUAGACUACAGCUGAGGAGGGAAGGGUUGUGUUUUAUAGGGGUUAGACUACAGCUGAGGAGGGAAGGGUUGUGUUUUAUAGGGGUUAGACUAGAGUCAAGGAGGGAAGGGUUGUGUUUUAUAGGGGUUAGACUACAGUCAAGGAGGGAAGGGUUGUGUUUUAUAGGGGUUAGACUACAGUCGAGGAGGGAAGGGUUGUGUUUUAUAGGGGUUAGACUACAGUUGAGGAGGGAAGGGUUGUGUUUUAUAGGGGUUAGACUACAGUCGAGGAGGGAAGGGUUGUGUUUUAUAGGGGUUAGACUACAGUCGAGGAGGGAAGGGUUGUGUUUUAUAGGGGUUAGACUACAGUCAAGGAGGGAAGGGUUGUGUUUUAUAGGGGUUAGACUACAGCUGAGGAGGGAAGGGUUGUGUUUUAUAGGGGUUAGACUAGAGUCAAGGAGGGAAGGGUUGUGUUUUAUAGGGGUUAGACUACAGCUGAGGAGGGAAGGGUUGUGUUUUAUAGGGGUUAGACUACAGUCAAGGAGGGAAGGGUUGUGUUUUAUAGGGGUUAGACUACAGUCAAGGAGGGAAGGGUUGUGUUUUAUAGGGGUUAGACUACAGCUGAGGAGGGAAGGGUUGUGUUUUAUAGGGGUUAGACUAGAGUCAAGGAGGGAAGGGUUGUGUUUUAUAGGGGUUAGACUACAGCUGAGGAGGGAAGGGUUGUGUUUUAUAGGGGUUAGACUACAGUCAAGGAGGGAAGGGUUGUGUUUUAUAGGGGUUAGACUACAGUCAAGGAGGGAAGGGUUGUGUUUUAUAGGGGUUAGACUACAGUCAAGGAGGGAAGGGUUGUGUUUUAUAGGGGUUAGACUACAGUCAAGGAGGGAAGGGUUGUGUUUUAUAGGGGUUAGACUACAGUCACGGAGGGAAGGGUUGUGUUUUAUAGGGGUUAGACUACAGCUGAGGAGGGAAGGGUUGUGUUUUAUAGGGGUUAGACUACAGUCACGGAGGGAAGGGUUGAGUUUUAUAGGGGUUAGACUACAGUCAAGGAGGGAAGGGUUGUGUUUUAUAGGGGUUAGACUACAGUCAAGGAGGGAAGGGUUGUGUUUUAUAGGGGUUAGACUACAGUCAAGGAGGGAAGGGUUGUGUUUUAUAGGGGUUAGACUACAGUCACGGAGGGAAGGGUUGUGUUUUAUAGGGGUUAGACUACAGUCAAGGAGGGAAGAGUUGUGUUUUAUAGGGGUUAGACUACAGUCGAGGAGGGAAGGGUUGUGUUUUAUAGAGGUUAGACUAGAGUCGAGGAGGGAAGGGAUGUGUUUUAUAGAGGUUAGACUACAGUCACGGAGGGAAGGGUUGUGUUUUAUAGAGGUUAGACUACAGUCAAGGAGGGAAGGGUUGUGUUUUAUAGGGGUUAGACUACAGUCACGGAGGGAAGGGUUGUGUUUUAUAGGGGUUAGACUACAGUCAAGGAGGGAAGGGUUGUGUUUUAUAGGGGUUAGACUACAGUCGAGGAGGGAAGAGUUUUGUUUUAUAGGGGUUAGACUACAGUCAAGGAGGGAAGGGUUGUGUUUUAUAGGGGUUAGACUACAGCUGAGGAGGGAAGGGUUGUGUUUUAUAGGGGUUAGACUAGAGUCAAGGAGGGAAGGGUUGUGUUUUAUAGGGGUUAGACUACAGUCAAGGAGGGAAGGGUUGUGUUUUAUAGGGGUUAGACUACAGUCGAGGAGGGAAGGGUUGUGUUUUAUAGGGGUUAGACUACAGUCAAGGAGGGAAGGGUUGUGUUUUAUAGGGGUUAGACUACAGCUGAGGAGGGAAGGGUUGUGUUUUAUAGGGGUUAGACUAGAGUCAAGGAGGGAAGGGUUGUGUUUUAUAGGGGUUAGACUACAGCUGAGGAGGGAAGGGUUGUGUUUUAUAGAGGUUAGACUAGAGUCGAGGAGGGAAGGGUUGUGUUUUAUAGGGGUUAGACUACAGUCAAGGAGGGAAGGGUUGUGUUUUAUAGGGGUUAGACUACAGUCAAGGAGGGAAGGGUUGUGUUUUAUAGGGGUUAGACUACAGUCACGGAGGGAAGGGUUGUGUUUUAUAGGGGUUAGACUACAGUCACGGAGGGAAGGGUUGUGUUUUAUAGGGGUUAGACUACAGCUGAGGAGGGAAGGGUUGUGUUUUAUAGGGGUUAGACUACAGUCAAGGAGGGAAGGGUUGUGUUUUAUAGGGGUUAGACUACAGUCACGGAGGGAAGGGUUGUGUUUUAUAGGGGUUAGACUACAGUCAAGGAGGGAAGGGUUGUGUUUUAUAGGGGUUAGACUACAGCUGAGGAGGGAAGGGUUGUGUUUUAUAGGGGUUAGACUACAGCUGAGGAGGGAAGGGUUGUGUUUUAUAGGGGUUAGACUAGAGUCAAGGAGGGAAGGGUUGUGUUUUAUAGGGGUUAGACUACAGUCAAGGAGGGAAGGGUUGUGUUUUAUAGGGGUUAGACUACAGUCGAGGAGGGAAGGGUUGUGUUUUAUAGGGGUUAGACUACAGUUGAGGAGGGAAGGGUUGUGUUUUAUAGGGGUUAGACUACAGUCGAGGAGGGAAGGGUUGUGUUUUAUAGGGGUUAGACUACAGUCGAGGAGGGAAGGGUUGUGUUUUAUAGGGGUUAGACUACAGUCAAGGAGGGAAGGGUUGUGUUUUAUAGGGGUUAGACUACAGCUGAGGAGGGAAGGGUUGUGUUUUAUAGGGGUUAGACUAGAGUCAAGGAGGGAAGGGUUGUGUUUUAUAGGGGUUAGACUACAGCUGAGGAGGGAAGGGUUGUGUUUUAUAGGGGUUAGACUACAGUCAAGGAGGGAAGGGUUGUGUUUUAUAGGGGUUAGACUACAGUCAAGGAGGGAAGGGUUGUGUUUUAUAGGGGUUAGACUACAGCUGAGGAGGGAAGGGUUGUGUUUUAUAGGGGUUAGACUAGAGUCAAGGAGGGAAGGGUUGUGUUUUAUAGGGGUUAGACUACAGCUGAGGAGGGAAGGGUUGUGUUUUAUAGGGGUUAGACUACAGUCAAGGAGGGAAGGGUUGUGUUUUAUAGGGGUUAGACUACAGUCAAGGAGGGAAGGGUUGUGUUUUAUAGGGGUUAGACUACAGUCAAGGAGGGAAGGGUUGUGUUUUAUAGGGGUUAGACUACAGUCAAGGAGGGAAGGGUUGUGUUUUAUAGGGGUUAGACUACAGUCACGGAGGGAAGGGUUGUGUUUUAUAGGGGUUAGACUACAGCUGAGGAGGGAAGGGUUGUGUUUUAUAGGGGUUAGACUACAGUCACGGAGGGAAGGGUUGAGUUUUAUAGGGGUUAGACUACAGUCAAGGAGGGAAGGGUUGUGUUUUAUAGGGGUUAGACUACAGUCGAGGAGGGAAGGGUUGUGUUUUAUAGGGGUUAGACUACAGUCAAGGAGGGAAGGGUUGUGUUUUAUAGGGGUUAGACUACAGUCACGGAGGGAAGGGUUGUGUUUUAUAGGGGUUAGACUACAGUCAAGGAGGGAAGAGUUGUGUUUUAUAGGGGUUAGACUACAGUCGAGGAGGGAAGGGUUGUGUUUUAUAGAGGUUAGACUAGAGUCGAGGAGGGAAGGGAUGUGUUUUAUAGAGGUUAGACUACAGUCACGGAGGGAAGGGUUGUGUUUUAUAGAGGUUAGACUACAGUCAAGGAGGGAAGGGUUGUGUUUUAUAGGGGUUAGACUACAGUCGAGGAGGGAAGGGUUGUGUUUUAUAGAGGUUAGACUAGAGUCGAGGAGGGAAGGGAUGUGUUUUAUAGAGGUUAGACUAGAGUCGAGGAGGGAAGGGUUGUGUUUUAUAGGGGUUAGACUACAGUCGAGGAGGGAAGGGUUGUGUUUUAUAGGGGUUAGACUACAGUCACGGAGGGAAGGGUUGUGUUUUAUAGGGGUUAGACUACAGUCACGGAGGGAAGGGUUGUGUUUUAUAGGGGUUAGACUACAGUCAAGGAGGGAAGGGUUGUGUUUUAUAGGGGUUAGACUACAGUCAAGGAGGGAAGGGUUGUGUUUUAUAGGGGUUAGACUACAGUCACGGAGGGAAGGGUUGUGUUUUAUAGGGGUUAUACUACAGUCAAGGAGUGAAGGGUUGUGUUUUAUAGGGGUUAGACUACAGUCAAGGAGGGAAGGGUUGUGUUUUAUAGGGGUUAGACUACAGUCACGGAGGGAAGGGUUGUGUUUUAUAGAGGUUAGACUAGAGUCGAGGAGGGAAGGGAUGUGUUUUAUAGAGGUUAGACUACAGUCACGGAGGGAAGGGUUGUGUUUUAUAGAGGUUAGACUAGAGUCGAGGAGGGAAGGGUUGUGUUUUAUAGGGGUUAGACUACAGUCGAGGAGGGAAGGGUUGUGUUUUAUAGGGGUUAGACUACAGUCAAGGAGGGAAGGGUUGUGUUUUAUAGGGGUUAGACUACAGUCACGGAGGGAAGGGUUGUGUUUUAUAGGGGUUAGACUACAGUCACGGAGGGAAGGGUUGUGUUUUAUAGGGGUUAGACUACAGCUGAGGAGGGAAAGGUUGUGUUUUAUAGGGGUUAGACUACAGUCACGGAGGGAAGGGUUGUGUUUUAUAGGGGUUAGACUACAGUCAAGGAGGGAAGGGUUGUGUUUUAUAGGGGUUAGACUACAGUCACGGAGGGAAGGGUUGUGUUUUAUAGGGGUUAGACUACAGUCAAGGAGGGAAGGGUUGUGUUUUAUAGGGGUUAGACUAGAGUCGAGGAGGGAAGGGUUGUGUUUUAUAGGGGUUAGACUACAGUCACGGAGGGAAGGGUUGUGUUUUAUAGGGGUUAGACUACAGUCGAGGAGGGAAGGGUUGUGUUUUAUAGGGGUUAGACUACAGUCAAGGAGGGAAGGGUUGUGUUUUAUAGGGGUUAGACUACAGUCGAGGAGGGAAGGGUUGUGUUUUAUAGAGGUUAGACUACAGUCGAGGAGGGAAGGGUUGUGUUUUAUAGGGGUUAGACUACAGUCAAGGAGGGAAGGGUUGUGUUUUAUAGGGGUUAGACUACAGUCACGGAGGGAAGGGUUGUGUUUUAUAGGGGUUAGACUACAGUCGAGGAGGGAAGGGUUGUGUUUUAUAGGGGUUAGACUACAGUCAAGGAGGGAAGGGUUGUGUUUUAUAGGGGUUAGACUACAGUCAAGGAGGGAAGGGUUGUGUUUUAUAGGGGUUAGACUACAGCUGAGGAGGGAAGGGUUGUGUUUUAUAGGGGUUAGACUACAGCUGAGGAGGGAAGGGUUGUGUUUUAUAGGGGUUAGACUACAGUCACGGAGGGAAGGGUUGUGUUUUAUAGGGGUUAGACUACAGUCAAGGAGGGAAGGGUUGUGUUUUAUAGGGGUUAGACUACAGUGGAGGAGGGAAGGGUUGUGUUUUAUAGGGGUUAGACUACAGUCAAGGAGGGAAGGGUUGUGUUUUAUAGGGGUUAGACUACAGUCAAGGAGGGAAGGGUUGUGUUUUAUAGGGGUUAGACUACAGUCAAGGAGGGAAGGGUUGUGUUUUAUAGGGGUUAGACUACAGUCGAGGAGGGAAGGGUUGUGUUUUAUAGGGGUUAGACUACAGUCAAGGAGGGAAGGGUUGUGUUUUAUAGAGGUUAGACUAGAGUCGAGGAGGGAAGGGAUGUGUUUUAUAGAGGUUAGACUAGAGUCGAGGAGGGAAGGGAUGUGUUUUAUAAAGGUUAGACUAGAGUCGAGGAGGGAAGGGUUGUGUUUUAUAGGGGUUAGACUACAGUCAAGGAGGGAAGGGUUGUGUUUUAUAGGGGUUAGACUACAGUCAAGGAGGGAAGGGUUGUGUUUUAUAGGGGUUAGACUACAGUCACGGAGGGAAGGGAUGUGUUUUAUAGAGGUUAGACUAGAGUCAGGGUUUAGGAGUAUGGACAUGGCUGGGUCGUAUCUGCUGAAUCUCUCCCUUUUUCUUCCUUCUCCUGUCCCCUUCGCCAUUUCCCUCAUGCACUUUUUUUUGUCUCCUUCUCCCUCCCUCUCUUCCUCUCUCUCCUAG